AUGGUCGUUCAUAUUGUGGCAGGUGCAAUACCAAGUGAAAUUGGUAAUCUCCAAUACCUUGAGUUAUUAGUUAUCCGUUUGAACAACUUUACUGCUCCAAUUCCAUUUGAGAUCUUUAAUAUCUCAACAAUAACAGAUAUUGAUAUGGCUUACAAUAACCUCUUAGGCCAUCUUCCAUCAAAUGUAGGCAUCUUACUUCCAAAUCUUUAUGGCCUUUAUCUUGAAGGAAACAAACUAAGUGGAACAAUACCAAGCUCUAUCUCCAAUGCAUCACAAUUCACUGAACUAGAUCUGGGUGACAACUCAUUAUGGGGCUUAAUUCCUAAAUCACUUGGUAAUUUAAGGCUCCUGGAGUGGCUCACCCUAUUAGUAAAUAAUUUGACCCUUGGAUCUUCCACUCCAAAAUUCAACCUUUUCUCUUCUUUGUCAAAUUUGGCAUAUUUAACAACUUUAGAUUUGUCAAAUAAUCAACUAAAUGGCGUACUUCAGAGUUCCAUUGGAAAUCUCUCUACUUCACCUCAAGAACUUCACAUGGAUAAUUGCAAUAUUAAGGGCAACAUUCCUAGAGAUAUUGGCAAUUUAAGCAACUUGAUCCCUUUGGAGUUACUGAACAAUGAAUUGACUGGACCAAUUCCAGCUACAUUGGGAAGAUUGCACAAGCUUCAAGGUUUGAGGCUUUAUAAUAAUAGACUAGACGGUGUCAUCCCAUCUGAUCUUUGCCAUUUAGGGAACUUGUUUGAAUUGUUUUUACGCGAGAUUGAAAAUUUGAAGGUCUUGAGAGUAUUAGAGUUAUCAAGAAAUGAACUAUCUGGUGGUAUCCCAACAACAAUUGGUGGCCUCAAAGAUUUAGCUAAUCUCUCAUUGGAGGAUAAUCGAUUAGAAGGCUCAAUUCCUGAAUCUUUUGGCGAAUUGGUAAGUUUGGAAUUCUUGGACUUUUCCAGAAACAAUUUAUCCAGUGAGAUUCCAAAGUCCUUACGAGCAGUUUCGCAACUUAAAUAUCUAAAUAUCUCUUUCAAUAGACUACAAGGGAAAAUUCCUGUAAAAGGACCAUUUGUGAACUUUUCCGCUGCAUCAUUUAUGUCAAAUGAUAGACUUUGUGGUUCUCGAAACAGUUGCUCUUGUGUUAUUUUGGACAAGAUGCAGAAAAAGGAAUGUGAAAAUUCUAGUGGAGGGAAACUCAUUACCAAUAGUCACAUGGAGAAGAAAUUCUCAACAAGAACUUUUACAAGCGACAGAAGGGUUCAGUUCAAACAACUUACUUGGUGA